AUGGAUACAUCUGCUGGCGCCGAGAAGCCAACAAAGCCUCGGACCGUCGACGGCAUCUUCGCCGACUUCUCUCGCCGUCGCAAGGCGCUCAUCAGAGCCCUCACCACCGAUCAGGACAAGUUCUUUCGUCAAUGCGAUCCAGAUAAAAAGGCCUUGUCCUUGUACGGCCACGAAAGCGGGGAAUGGGAAGUGAUGCUGCCAACAGAGAUGUUGCCCGCGGAGUUGCCAGAGCCAGCGCUGGGCAUCAACUAUGCGCGAGAUUCAAUGAACCGUCUGCACUGGCUCUCCAAAGUCGCCAUUCACGCUGACUCGUGGCUCAUUGGCGUUGCCUUCUACUUAGGGCAGGUGUUCCUCGACAAACGCCAAAGGAUGUGUUUAUUCAGUAUGAUGAACGAUUUACCAACCGUCCUCGAAAGUUGCUCUUACUUUCACAAAUAUGAGUGCAUUUGUUGCGCCCCAAGAAAGAUGCCACCAUCUCCAGUUUUAAUGGUUUCAUCAGGCAAUCCAAAGAAGCGCUCUCGGACUACACUAGAUGAAGAUCUGAACAUUAACCCAAGCAAUGGCUCGCGGGCUACAGAAGCUGCUGAAGAUAAUGUUGAGGAGAAUGAAGAUACGGAUCAAUAUUAUUGUGCAGCUUGCGGUGCUCAGUACAAUAAGAAUGCGUUCUGGAUCUGCUGCGACUUCUGCCACCUGUGGUUCCACGGUAAAUGUGUGAACAUGACUUCUGCUCAAGCAGAGCAGGUGAAAGAAUAUAAGUGUCCUGACUGCAUCCGUGAGGAACUCGGAGAGUAG